AUGAGUGUUAAAAAUUAUAAUGAUUUAUGUGUAAAGAUCUUUUUAAUGGGCGAUAAAGAUGUUGGAAAGUGUUGUCUACUAAAUUCAUAUUCAAGUGCUUCACCACUAUCAUUUAACAACUCUACAUUCACAUGGCCAAACUAUACGAUCACUACAACACAUAACGAAAAGCCACUAAAACUUCGAUUAGUUAUUGGUGAUGAUAACGAAUUAAAGCGUAUUAAACAAAUAGAAUUCAAUGAUAUAUUUUUAAUUUGCUUUGCAAUUGAUGACCCUAUUUCAUUUACAAAUGUAUUAAAGUGGAAUAUUGAAAUUAAAAAAAUAUUACCAACACCAAAUAUAAUUUUAGUAGGAACAAAAUCAGAUACAAGAAAUGAACAAGGAGGCGCAACAAAUUUAAUCUCAAUUGAACAAGGAAUCGAAAAAGCAAAAGAAAUCAAUGCAACCAAAUAUUUAGAGUGUUCAUCUGCAACCUAUGAUGGUGUCAAAUCAAUAUUUGAUGAAGGUAUAAAUAUUUAUUUCUCCAAAAAACUCUAUGGUGCCGAUUUAAGAAAAAAAAGUUUCCUUAUUCCAAAAAAAAAUUCAACUUCAAACAAAAGAUCAAGUUGCAAAACUCAAUAA